AUGUCCGAGUCAACAAACAACAACAACGCAUCACCACCAGCCAACAACAACGCUUCCGAUAAAAGCAAUGAAGCAGGUAAACGUAAACAACAAACCAAAUACAAGGGAGGUAAUACCAUUGAUGUGGAACCUAUUGCUGGAACGCGCGAUUUUCUUCCGAACGAGAUGAGAGAAAGGGAAUGGCUCUUCUCUAAAUUCCACGAAACAAGUAAGCUCUUUGGUUUUGAACCCUAUGAUGCUCCAAUACUCGAAAUGGAGGAUCUCUACAAGAGAAAGGGAGGAGAAGAAAUUGUUCAACAAAUGUACAACUUUAAAGAAAAGAGUGAUUUGAAUGUGGCUUUGCGUCCCGAAAUGACUCCAUCAUUGGCCAGACUCAUUUUGAAGAAUAGAAAGAUUUUGACUUUGCCACUCAAGUGGUACAGUAUUCCGCAAUGUUGGAGAUAUGAGACAACAACUCGUGGAAGAAAGAGAGAGCACUACCAAUGGAAUUGUGAUAUCUGGGGCGUUCCUGAAGUUACAGCUGAAUGUGAAUUGUUUUCUGCCAUCAUCCAUUUGUUUAAACUAGUGGGACUCACCAGUGAAAAAGUCACUCUCAGAUUCAGCUCUCGUAAAAUCAUUGAAGAUUUACUCAAGGUUGAAUUUGGACUUCAGUUGAGUGAAGAUAAAUUCAAGGAAACUUGCAUCAUUGUUGACAAGAUGGAUAAGAUGGAAGCUGAGGAUGUAAAGAAGAUUCUCAUCGAGAAGGUCCCUGAAAUUUCCGAAGAAGUGGCUCUCAAAUUGAUCAAAUUAAUGAACUUUAAGAAAUUGAAUCCAAACAAGGAUUACUCUGGAUCAAAGGCUUUGAUUGCUUUCAAGGAAAUGUUGACUAAUGAGGAGUUCAAGAAUGGCCCAGUGUUUAAAGAAAUUGAAGAAAUUUUCACAUUAAUUGGAAAGAAUGGAUAUGACAUUGAAGACUGGAUUGAAUUUGACCCAAGUAUUGUGCGUGGUCUUUCAUAUUAUACUGGAGUUGUGUUUGAGGCCUUUGCCACCAUCGAAGGUCUUUCACGUGCCAUUUGUGGAGGAGGUAGAUAUGACAAGAUUUUGGGCACUUAUGGAUCCAAAGAGCAAAUUCCAGCUUGUGGAUUUGGUUUUGGUGACUGUGUUAUUCUCGAAAUUUUGCGUGAGCUUAACUUGAUUCCAUCUUACAUCACUUCUCAAAAAGUCGAUGACUUUGUCAUUCCAUUCGACACAUCAUUCAGACCAACCGCUGCCAAGAUUGUCACCUAUUUGAGACAAAAGGGAAGAACUGCCGAUAUUUAUAUGAAGAAUCCAAAGAAGGUGGGAGCAUCAUUUGAGUAUGCUGAUAAAAUUGGUGCUACGAGAGCAAUCUUUGUUGCUCCAAGCGAGUGGAACGAUGGCGAGAAGGUUAGAGUUAAAAUGUUGAGAGAGAAGGAAGAUAGCUCAACUAAGGAAGUCACCAUCAAAUAUACUGAGCUUUAA